GACAAGAAAGCACGGAACACAAACGGUAGAUAAAGUGACGUAUCGUUAGGCGACGAUGAAGGGAAAUCGCAGAGGACGGGUUUGCAAUGUAGUAGCACUUCGGUGGAUGCGCGAUCCACAGAUGCGGCGGCGUAUCAUCCUCUUCACCAUUGCCGCAUCUGGCAUCUUGUACUGCAUAGUGGAUCGCAUUCAAAUGACAUCAUUGCUUCUUUCUCCACUCGAUGACACAUAUUCGAACUCAUAUUAUUUGCGGUCGUCGUURCCGUCGUCUACGACAGAUAUACACAGAAGUACUCUCAGUGGUAGUGCUGAACCGGAACACCAAAACAAUGUGUUAUGUGACUUUUACUUGGCCGAGAGUGCAAUUCCUAGAGGUGGCUUGGGAGUCUUUACGACUCUCCCACUCRMUAAAGGAGACCAAGCGCAAGGCUGGCCAGAUAUUUGCAUCUACCUCACURAUGCUAGGCAAUCAAAGGGAACGGAGAUCGACACACACACGUGGCAAUCCUUUCGGUUCGGUGCCCAGUGGUUGGGAGGACGGCGAGAAGUGAGGGCCGCGUGUAUGGGAUUGGUUACGAUAUUCAACAGCAUGGGGAUGAAAGAAUAUGCGAGUGCCCGUCCGGAUGCCAAGGCUGGCCUCAUACACACCAAUGGAGGCUUGGAUCGUUCGAGGGAUCCCGGGGCUGGGGCCAUUACCCACUAUUACGGUGCAUCAUCGGUAGCUAUUCGAGAUUUGUUGCCCGGCUCGGAACUCAUGUUGUGGGACAGCGGACACGGRGGAGAUCAAUAUGCACUCGAUGAAGUAAAGAACGACGGACGAUCCGAGCUCGGCAUCGAACUCGUUCCGCCACCGAUUAGAUCUCCAGAAUGGUUGCAAAAGCACGGGAUGUGUGCCGACAACAUACAGGUGAAGCUGGCAACCGAUCCGAGUAUGGGACGGGGUGCCUUUGCGAAACGAUUCCUUGAGAAGGGGAGUGUAAUUGCGCCGGCACCGCUGCAGAUGUAUCCAAAUCGAUCAAAGUUCAUGGCCCCGACUGAUCAGGAGCGAAAAAGACGCGAGAAGGCUCUAGACAUUAAAUACGAAAAUGAUCAACUCCUUGUUAAUUAUGCGUUUCAGCCGAAAGGGAGUACACUGCUAUUAUAUCCAUACGGUCCCGGUGUUGGUUUGAUCAAUCACGCGAACAAAAAGUCGGGAAAAAUCAAUGCCGUACUUCGAUGGUCGAAUCACCACAUGAACCAUGGCACGCAGUGGCUUGACUCAUCCUUUUCKCUCGAUCAAUUUUGGAAGAUGCAAUACCCUGGCUCGCUCAUUUUAGAUUUUGUGGCUCUCCGGGAUAUUUUGGAAGGAGAAGAGAUCUUUAUCGAUUACGGAACCGAAUGGGAAGAAGCCUGGAAGCAACAUGUKAAAAAUUGGAAGCCCUAUGUUUCUAGCAAGAACCAUUACGUGUAUCCCGCGGACGAAAUGAGCCGCCAUAGAGACCCCAUCAAGCCCUAUCGGACAGAGCUGGAACAAGAAACAAAACCAUAUGCUGACAAUCUCAUGAUGGUUUGUAACACCGAUAUCUCGGACAAUCGCAAGGCUCGACGGAAGUGGAAGCCGACCAAGUUUUGGGCCGAAAACCUUGCCGAGUGUAGUGUUUUGACGCGAAGCUAUGAUGAAAGUUUGAAGACAUUCCUCUACCAAGUGCAACUGUGGCCAGACGAAGAAGAGACUGAUUCAGAAGAUGGAAAGCAAAUAAAGUAUGUAGACUUCGAUGUUCCGCACAGCGCUAUUCGAUUUGUCGAUAAACCRUUCCAAAGCGACCAACACAUUCCGAACGCCUUUAGGCACCCUAUUGGAUUUCCUGAAGAAUUGACUCCAUCUUUUUGGAAAAAUGACAGUGAUUAAUUGGAAACCGACUCUUGAUGAUUGAUUCAUACACCAACCAUUUUCAUAAUCAUAAGAGACAAAAUGAUCAAGGUGGAUGAACAAAACAAAUUCUAGCUA